UCUGUGUUGUCAGUGUGGUGCCAUCUGCAGGACUCGGUUCCUGAAUUUGCGACAACUUAUAUAUAAAAAAAAAAAAAAAAAAACCUAACGGUAGAGUUGUGGCUCGUUUCAUGUGCGAGCCGCAGUUCUCCCUCAGCUCCUCCCGGGUUUGUUAUGUCGAGAGGGGGCUUCUCGUUUCACCUCAAUCCGCCCCAACUUUGGGAUCCCGCUGACGCGCUAUGACCUGAAGCAGGACCACACUUCUGGACAUCACUGAAGUUGAAUUGUACCUGACUGCAUUUUUUUCCUGCUGAUCUGAACUGAACUAACCACCUCGCCUGAGGCGAAGGUCUGGCCUGACUUCUUCUUUUUGCCACGCGUGAAAACCCCACCAUCGUCAUGCAGAGCUCAUCCAUCCGUCGUCAGGUGAAAAACAUGGUCAACAAUUUCACCGAGGCCGAGAUUAAAGUUCGAGAAGCCACCUCGAACGACCCCUGGGGACCUCCCAGCACACUCAUGGCCGAGAUCGCAGACUUGACUUACAAUGUGGUGACCUUCGCCGAGGUGAUGGGAAUCAUCUGGAAAAGGCUGAACGAUCAUGGCAAAAACUGGCGUCAUGUUUACAAGGCCCUCACGCUGCUGGACUAUCUGGUGAAAAUGGGCUCUGAGCGUGUGGCCAAAUCCUCCCGAGACAACAUAUUUGCCAUUCAAACGCUCAAAGACUUCCAGUACUUGGAUCGAGACGGACGUGACCAAGGUGUCAAUGUCCGAGAGAAGGCCAAACAAUUGGUGGCUCUGUUGAAGGAUGAGGAGAGGCUGAAGAAGGAGAGGAGCCACGCUUUGAAGACUAAAUCUCGUUUGGGUGUGGGGAGUAAUAGCAGCAGCAGCAGCAGCAGCAUGGGGGUCAGCAGUAGCUCAACCUCUGGAUACACAAGUUCUUCAUACACAAGUCAGCAAGGCUUGGAGGAUUUCAGUGUAUGCAGAAACUCGUUGACAACCUACACCACCUCCUCUUCUCGACUCGCUCCGGACCUGGAACAAGCUAUACCCGCCUCAACUGGAGAAGAGGAGCUGCAGCUGCAGCUGGCCCUGGCUAUGAGCCGAGAAGAAAGUGAAAAGCUGCCUCCCAAAGUGGAUAUGGAUGAAAGGACUCAGCUCAAGAUGGCUAUGGAUCUCAGCAAGAAGGAGUCCCACAAGGUGAAACCAGUCAAACAGGUACCUCCUGCCCCCCUGGACAUGGAUGAAGAUGCCCAGCUCCAGUUAGCGCUUAGCCUGAGCAAGGAGGAGCACAAGCAGGAACAACUCAGUCGCCAAGGGAAUGAGUCAGAGCUUCGAAAAGCUCUGGAGGAGAGUAAACGUGAAAUGGAGGGAAAAGGCGGGUCUGCCUUUAUGGACCUGGUAGAUGUUUUUGCAGUGCCUACAGAUGCGCCCCCUAUUGAUGGUCGCUGGAAUAAUACUGCCCCCCGGGCAGCAGCUGGCGCUGGGGGGACAGACCCCUGGGACUCCCUGGACAACACUCAGAGGGCUGAUUCUUCCUGGAUGGUGCCCCCACCUUCCCACAGCCCCCCACCACCAUGGGAGCCUCCAUCUAAUUCUUGGAUUGCAGCACAAAAUGAUGUCUCCACCCUCAACCCUGCAGGCCGAGAUUUGGCUUUUGCUGGAGUGUCAGUUGAUCCAUUUUCAGCUCCAUCAGAAAGAACAGCAGCUAGAGGAGCUGCCAGUAACUUUCCACCUGAAAACCUAUCAGAUGGGGAUUUUUUUGAUGAGGCUAUGGAUGGUGGCAACACUGGUAUUAAUGGACGAAGGGUGGACAGUCCUGACCUCUAUGAACUGACUAGUCUUAGAGAGAGCCUAGUUAACCCUACCCCUCGCACAUGUAAGACACCCGAGGCCUUCCUGGGGCCCUCAGCAGCUUCCCUGGUAAACUUGGACACCUUGAUUCCGACAAACCCUGCAGCCAAGACCACAAACCCCUUUUUGUCAGGAAUGAGUGCACCUUUAUCCGCUAAUCCAUUCCAAAGUGAGCCGCAAAAGCCCAGCCUGAACGAGAUGGCCUCUGCCCCUGCAGCUCCCCACACCACUUCUCUUCCAUACAGUGCCUCUUUGCCCCUGCCUAUGAGCCAUCAGGGUGCCACCAUCCCUUCAUCAGUCACUCACCCUACUCAUCCAAGUCUGGACCUGCCAGGGAAGCUCCCUGAACCCUUGUUGCCCUUCUCCUCAGCCAUCAACCAGGAAUCGCAUGAGAGCAACCAGAACCCUUUCUUAUAAGGACCAUCUGAACAGGACAAACAUGGUAUCAAAAUAGAGAAAAUACCAUUAGGUUAUGCUUGUGGAAUAACGCUCUUUCUGCAAACCAAACUACAACCCAAAAGACUUGUAUGAAAAGCCUAAAAAGUUUUUGUUAUAAUGUUGGAUAGAUGCUUCUCUUGUUGCAAGCUGGUUCUGCUACUUCCAAUAAGCUUGAAAGGAGAUUACAAAUUUUUAUCAGAAAAUUUAAGUGUAACGUAAAACCUCUUUAAGGCCAUAAUCUGUUGCUCACUGACUAC